AUGGUUGGAUUUAAUGCGACACCUAUUUCUACAACUACCACUAGUACUACGUCUAUAACAACGCAUUACAUCCAUAGUAGUGGUCCCUCAUUCCAAAAACAACAACAACAACAACAUUUGUUUGGAGACUGUCCAAUGCUUCAUUUAGAGGACCACUUUUCAUCUAUAAGUCUAGAUAGUGAGCAUCAUCAUCAUCGGUAUGAUACUCUAAUUGACAACCAAUUUAAUAUUGAAAAUUUGGUUAAUAAAUCACCAACAAGGAAUCAUCAUAUUGAAACGAUAAUUAGAAAUCCAGAACUAUUAAUAUUGGAAAAUAAUAAUAAUAAUAAUAAUAAUAGUAAUAAUGAUGAUCAUAAUAGAUUUGAAACAAUGGUUGCACCAAUUCCACAAGAAGAAGAGGAAACCAUUUAUCAAUUACAACCAGGCAAUCAUUCCAGUUUUCCAAACAAUCAACAACAACCUCCAGAUGAAUUUUUAAAUCAUGGUAUUGAUUUUACCCUUGAUCAAAUUCAAUUCUAUCAACACCAACAACAACAAUCACCUUUUUUAUCUUCUAAAUUAGGAGGAGGAGGAGGUUUGAGGGGUUGGGUAUUGACAUCGAUAUUAUUAUUAUCAUUAUUAUUAUUUAUAUCUGAUUUGGCAAUUGCAUUUUUAAAGGAUUGUUAUUAA